CGAAUGUUGCCAGUAGCCACUCACUGGUCGCUACCGUCGAAUGCGGGUCAUUCUAGUGUUCGACCUUGUCUCUGAAUCGGCUUUGGUUCGGACAUGUUGCUGUUUGUUGUCUGUUUCCCUUUGGAAGAUGGUCCACUUGCCCGAGCGCUCAGGCCUUGGGAGGCGAGGACCUCACUGGACUGGGAAAGAAGACGCUACAGCCAGCCACAUGGUUAGUCUUGCUAGUGGUGCGCUGGGGAUGCCACGCUGCACGGUUAAUUAGAAUAUCAAGGACGGUGGCUGAGAUCUAGACCAGGGUCUCAGGGUAUUACCAGGAGGGAC